AUGUCUACCUCAGCUGCCUCAACCGAAAUCCUGUCCAUCCUGAGACACGUUACAGCCAACAAACAGGACAAGGCUGCCGCACGACUGGCCACGAUUGACCGCCAUGUGCGCGAUGCGGAGGCUGCUAUCUCGCCACGGUCAGGCGUAGCCGACAGCAGCAGUCUGGAGGCUGAUGUGCGCAUGCUACUGACUACGGUACGCAAAGCGUUUGCCGGCUCCCUGAAUGUACAAGUCAACGGCCGGGGAGCAGUUGGCGGCACGAGCACAACGACAUACCGGGGAACAAGAAGCGGUUGGGAGGAAAGAACUAUGAGGUUGGAAGAUCGACUGGAUGCCAUUGAGCGCAUGUUGUGGGAAGCCAAAUAUUCCUCAGGAUUCUCCAACUCGGCAACGCUGGCGUGGCGCGACGAGUUGCUGAGCUAUCUUUACCAAGGCCAGCGCCGCAUGGUAUACACAACGCUCUUCGGCCACUUGACCAACGAAUGGGCCGAAUUUCGGUUCGGCGAGCUGUCCAAGGCAAAGUUGACUCCGAAUCAAAAAACCUUGAAAGCCUCUGAAGAUGAUAAGGCUUCUCCCGUCAUCGUGGGUCGCAAGGAAAUGCAUGAGCAGCGCGAAACCUGGGAGCGCCAUGUCACAAACGAGCGCCGUACAGACACGAAUAGGAUUGUUGAGUUUCUGGACCAACUGUUUCACUCUGGCCCGCAAUAUGAGGACCCCUCGGGUGAAGAGCCAACGGAUUUGCGCGCAGUCCUCUUACGCAAGAUACGCAGCAGCAUCUCGACAGCCUGCAAACGGGAGAUAUUGGUGACAAAAGAGGUGGUUACCGACGCUAUCCGCGGCGUCCUCAGCUCCGACCAGCUGACAAGCGAGAAGCGUCGUGCUCUGCUAGACAUCAGCAACAAGGACAACGUCCUGUCUGAAAUUGCCGAUAUCCUCAGCAUUGAUACACACCUGGACUCGAUCCGCCGCUGGUCCUGGGGCGACAACCCCAUCACGGUGCAGAUGCGCAAGGCCAUCAAUGGCAAAUAUCGUGUAUAUCUAGAUCUGGACCUUUUAGAUGCUAUCCUCAUCCAAUGCAUCGGCCAAUCCAUCUCGGUAAAUAUCAGGGAUGCCUUGGCCUCGGCGUGGUACCCUGAUGUAUGCCAUGUGUGGCAGCAGGGUCCAGACGAAGCCCGAACGGCAGCGAUGCAGGCGCAGAUAAAAGACUUUACACUCCGAAAGACCAGAGAUUCUGUCCACUACUUGCGCCGAAGCAUAUAUCAACGCAUAUUCUACACUGUCGGGUUGCCAGCGCAUUCGGGGGAUGCAGAUGACGCCUACGACGACUCUGGCUCCGCUGGCGAUGGACCGAAACUUACCGACUUGGAGAACGGGUCCGCGAGCAAAUUUUCGCUGAGGACGGACAUUCUACGCAUCUGCUCUGCCGAGAUGGCCGUGCAAAAGCUCGUCCACGGCCAGUUUUGUAUUCUACAAAGCGAUUUCGAGUGGUUCGGCCCAUCCUUGCCGCACUCGACGCUCAUCGCCAUCAUGAAGUACUUCCGCUUCCCCAGUGAGCUGGUGCAUCUUGUCGAACAGUUUCUACGCAUGAGCAUGAAAUUUGAAGAGGACGGCAAGGAUGGUCCUGUGCUGACGCGCAAAACUGGUAUCCCGGUGUCGUUCCAGCUUACCGAAGGCAUAUCAGAGCUGCUACUAUUUACGCUAGACUUUGCCGUCAAUCAGCAGACUGGCGGCUCAUAUCUGUACCGCAACCACGACGACCUUUGGUUCUGGGGCCAGCCAGAAAAGUGUUCAGUCGCCUGGCAAACGAUUCGUGACUUUACAGACGUCAUGGGCCUGCAGCUCAACAAGGAGAAAACGGCCUCUGCACACUCCGUGGACGAGGCAAACCCCCGAUACGCCCCCGUCGACCAGGCCAUUCUCAAUCGUCUUCCCGCGGGUAAACUAAAAUGGGGAUUCCUACUGUUUACCCCAGACGAGUGGAAAUGGGUACCCAAUAUGCCCGCGAUCAAAGAACACAUGAAUGAGCUACGGUUCCAGCUCAAGUCGCGCACUGCCGUCAUGGCCCACGUACAGGCUUACAACGCGUACAUCCAAAACUUCCUCCCCAGCAGCUUUGGCCAAGUCGUCACCGGGCUGGGCGAUUCGCACGCCAUCACGGUCCUCCAGGCGCUGCAAUACGCGCAGCAGUGUCUCUACGGCGGCGGUGACGCCUCGAGCGUGGAAAACGCCGCAGAAUCAGCAAACGUGGCUCAGCACGUGCGAAAAAUGAUUCAGGCACGAUUCGGCUCGCUCCGCAAGUACGAUGUGCCCGAUUGCUUCCUGUACAUGGACGUCGACAGCGGAGGCUUGGGCCUGGCGAACCCAGUGCCCGAAUUUGCGCAGUUUGUCCACCUCGCCAAGGACAAGGAGUACGCAGACGACGGCGACAUGGCGCCAAUGGCAAAAGCAAUGUACAAUGUGAAGAAGGAGUUGUCGGAUUCGUACCGCGCCGAUGGCAAAGCGUUUGCGGAGAAAGUCCACGCCAAACGACAGAAGAAUAGACUGGGUCAGCGCCGAAGAGCCGCCCACCUGUCCGCGUCUGAAUCGAGCGUGGAUACUGACGUGGCUGUGGACGAGGCUCAGACCGCUAAAAGCACGGAGACGGCGCAGUUUAUGUCGUUUAGCGAGUAUGUCGCGACUAGUGAGGAGCACAGCCGCGCGGUGCGCGACUUGUACACGACAAUGUUUGACCCGCCUGCCUUGGAGGGAGAUCGCGCGCGGGCUGAUUCCGAGAGGUGGGCUUUGGCGGUUUUCCAUACGGAGCUGGAGGAGCUUUUUGGGGGGGGCAUUGCCGAGGACGAGUUCUUGUCGUUGGGGUUGUAUCGCACGUUGGCGGAGGAGAAGGUGAGAUGGGACACUGAGCAGCCGUCGCUUUGA